CAGUUUUAAGCCAACGCUUGGCAAGCACACAACAUAAUUUUAAUAGUCGAAAAGCAAAAUCGUUUUUUGUGUUUUUUAUUUUAUAAUUGGACUGUGAAUAAGCAAUAAUUUUAAUUUUUAGCAUUAAAUCCAAAUUCAACAAGCAACAAAUUUUGCGCCGUGAUCUAAAUUCCGUCUCGUAUUGCUCUCCUAAAUCAAUAUGAUGAAUUUCAAUAAGUCACUGCAAACAUUUCUCGGUCUGCGUCAGGUUUACAUUGCGGCCUGUCGCUUUCCAUUGCGCGCAUUCAGCGAUCGUGAUCGCGAGGACGAAGGACCCUCAAGGUGCCACGGCAAACAAUCGGCUGUGGCACAACUCGCUGGCAGCGGAGGCAGCGAGGGUAAAGUUGGAGACGAGACGACACCCUUGGAGGCACCGGAGGCUGUGCAACUGACUGUGAAUCUGGAGCAUGUGCGCUCACCCAUUAAUGAAUUGGAUCAACGCAAGCUGCGACACAAGGAAUACGCUCAGAUACUCAACGAACUGAUCAUCAAGCCGCCCAGCACCUACACGCUGGACCAGCGGCUGCCCUUCAAGCAGCCUGAGCCCAAAACCGAUUUACGGCAAUCAUUGCGCACAUGCACCAGUGUCGAAGAGGUGCUCCAGCUGACCAACGAUCCCGAGCAGCUCGCCCAUGAACUGGUCAAGCUAUCGUGGGAGCUGAACGCUGAGAAGCGCAAGAACGAGGCGAUGCUGGAGAAUUUGCGGCAGCUCGAACAAAAAAUGCGAGAGACAGACCAAAAUAACUAGACUCAAACGAAAAUUGUUUAGCAAGUCUUUUUGUUGGCAUCAGCGAAGAAGAAUUCGAAUAACGAUAAAGCUAAGGAUGACGAUAAAGUUGAGUGGAGAGCGAAAGAAACUGAUUUCAUGUUGUCUAAAAAUACGAAUAUGAUCGCAUAAAAAUUAUAAUUGAAAAUAUCCAUA